ACUUGUUUUCGAACACGACCCCAUUAUUUGAUGUGGAUAACAUCUAUAUAUCGCCCCAUCGUGUUUUGAAGCAAAAUGGUACACUUUUAACAAAGUCGAGGAAAAUAAGGGUAAAUCGGGGCAAAUACGAAAAAUGUAAGCAACAUCUCUGGAAAGACUUGUUUUCGAACACGGCACCAUUAUUUGAUGUGGGUAACAUAUAUUUAUCGCCCCAUUGUGUUUUGAAUCAAAAUGGUACACGUUUAACAAAGUCAAGGAAAAUAAGGGUAAAUAUGGGCAAGUACGAAAAAUGUAAGCAACGUCUCCGGAAAGACUUGUUUUCGAACACGACAACAUUAUAUUAUGUGGAUAACAUAUAUUUAUCCCCCCAUCGUGUUUUAAAUCAAAAUGCUACACAUUUAAGAAAGUCGAGGAAAAUAAGGGUAAACAGGGGCAAGUAUGAAAAACGUAAGCAUCGUCUCCAGAAGGACUUGUUUUCGAACACGACACCAUUAUUUGAUUUGGAUAACAUAUAUUUAUCGCCCCAUCGUGUUUUGAAGCAAAAUGGUACACAUUUAAGAAAGUCAAGAAAAAUAAGGGUAAAUAGGGCCAAGUACGAAAAAUGUAAGCAACGUUUCCGAAAAGACUUGUUUUCGAACACGCCACCAUUAUUUGAUGUGGGUAACAUAUAUUUAUUGCCCCAUCGUGUUUUGAUAAAUGGUACAUGUUUAAGAAAGUCGAUAAAAAUAAGUGUAAAUAGAGGCAAGUACAAAAAAUGUAAGCAACGUCUCCGGAAAGACUUGUUUACGAACACGACACCAUUAUUUGAUGUGGAUAACUUAUACGAUUGGAAGAAGUCUUGCGCGCGUUCCAGCAGCAACACCCUCGGCAGCACGAUGUCCAUCCACGGCGUGAACAACACCGACAUGCCGAACAAAACGAGCGUACGUCAUCACCAUGCUUGGGUCAAGGAUCGUAGGGUGACGGUUCUCGUAGACAACGGGUCAUCACACAAUUUCAUUAAUGCUGACUUGUCCCAGAAGCUGAAUUUACCAACCACGAAGAUUGAGCCUUUUGAGGUACGAGUCACUAAUGGUGAAAGGCUGCAAUGCACUGAAUCCUUUCGGAAGGUGCCAAUCAAAUUCCAAGGAGUUACGGUAAAGGUUGAUCUUUAUGCUUUACCUCUAGUUGGACCUGGUGUUGUGCUAGGAGUCCAAUGGCUCAAAGGAUUAGGCAAG